AUGGCAAACCAUCACCCUUCGCCAACCAUGGCCAUGCAGGGGCAGCAGCACGGCGGCCCCCCUGGACCCCCUCCGCCGCCGGGCAUGCAGCAAGGGCAGAACUAUGCACCUUCGCGACAAAUCCUCCUCAUGAACGAAGCUGUCUGGAUGCAGAUUGGCAGUUUUGCUGAGCUUCUCGGUAACCUCGAGGAGGCAAUGAAGGCCUACGAUCGCGCCCUCCAAGCAAACCCGCAGUCGGUCGCGGCCAUGAAUGCCAUCAGUUUGAUCCUGCGAACGCGCGAAGAGUUUCACAAGGCAGUUGACUACCUGCAAGCAAUACUCAAAAUCGACAACACCAACGGCGAGGCAUGGGGCAGCCUGGGUCACUGCUACCUUAUGAUGGACGACUUGCAGCAAGCCUACGCCGCAUAUCAGUCCGCCUUGGUCAACUUGAGGAGCCCCAGGGUUAGUAGCGCUGCCUCCGGCUCUCUGGGUUCUCCAAAUACUAAUACAGCACAGGAGCCCAAGCUAUGGUAUGGCAUUGGUAUCCUUUACGACAGAUACGGCUCUCUUGAGCAUGCCGAAGAGGCCUUUUCUCAGGUUAUGCAAAUGCAGCCCGACUUCGAAAAGGCCAACGAAAUUUACUUCCGUCUCGGAAUAAUAUACAAGCAACAGCAGAAGUACGGCCAGAGUCUAGAGUGCUUCAAGUACAUCGUUAACUCCCCACCCCCUCCUCUCACCGAGGAGGACAUCUGGUUCCAAAUUGGCCACGUUCACGAGCAGCAGAAGGAUUACGACAGUGCCAAGGCUGCGUACCAGAGAGUUCUGGAACGCGAUCCUAGUCACGCAAAGGUUCUGCAACAGCUGGGCUGGCUUCAUCAUCAGCAGAGCAGCAGCUUCCAGAGCCAAGAGCGAGCUAUCGAGUUCUUGGAGAAGUCCGUUGCCGCCGACCAAGGCGACGCGCAAAGCUGGUACCUUCUUGGUCGGUGCUACAUGUCUCAACAAAAGUAUCCCAAGGCAUAUGAAGCCUACCAACAGGCCGUCUACCGCGAUGGAAGGAAUCCGACUUUCUGGUGCUCUAUCGGAGUACUGUACUACCAGAUCAACCAAUAUCGCGAUGCCCUCGACGCGUACUCUCGUGCCAUCCGGCUCAACCCCUUCAUUUCCGAGGUCUGGUAUGACUUGGGCACAUUGUACGAAUCUUGCAACAACCAGAUCAGCGAUGCGCUUGACGCCUACCAGCGCGCUGCAGAGCUUGACCCUCAGAACCCUCACAUCAAGGCUCGUCUGCAGUUGCUGAGAAACGGUGGCGCCAACGGAGGACAGCCUCCCAGCGCUCCCCAGCCUGCCGAUGUCCAUCCCCAGGCUUACCAGGUCGGCCCUCCGGCUCCCCAGUGGGGAAGCUCUGCUCCUCAGUCGCAGCAGCAAGGACAGCAGCCUCCUCCGCCUCCGGGACCCGGCGGUCCUGGAAGCAACGGCUGGGGUCGGCUUGCGGACAUCAACCCUCCUCCUCAGCCACCCAACCCGUAUGAGCAGCGUGGCGAGUUCCGUGGCCCAGCUCCCCCCAUGCCGCGACAGCCUAGCCCGAGACAAGAGCAGCAACAGCAGCAGCAACAACAACAGCAGCAGCAGCAACAACACGGUGGUCGCCCGCCGUAUCCCGAGCCGCUUCGUCGGAUGGCUAGCCCGCCAUCUCACUACGCAGGACCGCCGCAGCCGCCUCAGCAGCAACAGCAGCCUCAGGGUCCUCCCACGUCUGCGCCGCGCACCAUCAACCCCAACUACACUCAGCCGUCUUCUGCUCAGAUGCCUCCUAUGAACGUCGGCCCCAAUGGCCCUCCUAGCCAGCCGCCUCACUUCCGCGGCACCAACAGUCCCCGGCCUGGCGAGAGGCCCAUGCAUGACAACCGCAUGCCCUCCCCCAAGUCGGCGUACCCCCAACACCAACCUCCUCCGCCACCGCCGUACAGCCAUCACCCUGACGGCCCCACCCCCGGACCCAUGGAGGCUAAUGCCCCGCCUCCACCUCCUCCGGGCUCGAUCACCGGAGACCCUGCAUCGCAGCGCAAUGAGCAUGACCGUCCUCCUUCUGUGGGCCCCAAGCGCAUGCGUGAGUGGGAGGAGGAGUCCUCUCACAAGCGACCGGCCAACGACGAGAACCGAGCCAGGCUCGACGACGUUCGCCCUCGCCGCCCAUCGACUCCUCCGGGACCCCGGGACCAGUACCGCCGCAACUCGUCAGAGGCACGCCGUUUUGAGGACCAACGCCGUGCCGAAGACCAGCGGAGAGCGGAUGAUCAGAGAAGGGCAGAGGACAUUCGGAGGGGCGAGGAGCAGCGCCAUGCCAACGACGGGUACCAUCCGUCAGAGGCCGCGCACCACCAACCCAACCACCCUAUGCCCAACAACCAUCUCCCGCCGAUGCAGUCUGCUGCUGCGCCGAUGCAGAACAUCCUCCAUGACGGACCGCAGAACGGACCCGGGCCUGCUUCCGGGCCCGCUCCCGGCGUCAAGGAGUACCCCGCUGAAGAGCGCCCGCCUCUUGAGCACACCCCUGCUCCCCGGCCUCCGCAGCCCAGCGAGCCCGAACGUGCAGCGAGAAAGAUGGACGUUGAUGAGGACUACGACGAUAGCGGUGAGGAUGAGAAAAAGGGCGCCGCCGCCACUACCAACGGGUCGGGUCCGGCUCCGGCGUCGGGAGAGACUAAGACGCCUACGAGCGCAAGCAUCAACGGCCUGAUGGGGCCAACUCCCAAGGUUGAGUCGACUUAA